AUGGACGACCUCAAAAUAGAAGAAAUGGACCUUUACGAAAUCCUAGAAAUAGAGGUCUCGAGCAAAACAGCGGACAUUAAAAAAGCCUACAGAAAAAAAGCCCUGCAAUGCCAUCCGGACAAAAACCCCGACGAUCCCCAGGCUGCGAAAAAGUUCCACCAACUAUCUAAAAUCCUUGAACUUCUGAUUGACGAUGCUGCAAGAGCGGCUUAUGAUAAAGUUUUAAACGGUCGCAAAGAAGCUGAAUUAAGACAUAAAGAAUUAGACGGUAAAAGACGCAAACUUAAAGAAGAUUUGGAGGCUCGCGAAAGACUAGCUGGUACAGGACAAAGUCAACAACGUAAAUCAGAAGCACAAAAAUUACGAGAAGAAAUUGAGAGGCUAAGAAAAGAAGGUUCCAAGCAAGUCGAAGAGGAAGUUGAAAGUGUUUUGAGGACAAUAAAUGAACAAAAAAACAAAUCGGAUACUCAAUGGGACAGUGCCAACGGCAGAAUAAAAAUCAAAUGGACUGCUGAGAAAAAAGACCCAAACAAUGGAGGCUACACACAAGAAAUGCUACACAGAUUCUUAUCGAAAUACGGCGAAAUACAAGGUUUAGUUAUAUCUCCGAAGAAAAAAGGCAGCGCCUUGGUGGAAUUCAAAGAACAAAGAGCAGCAGAAAUGGCAGUGGACUUUGAAAUUGGACUAUCAGAAAACCCCUUGAAAUUCGAAUGGGUGAAUGGACCACCAAAAAGUGCUUUAAAUAAACCUACAAGUGUUUUAAUAAAAGAAUCAGACUUUGAAAGUGUUACUUUGAUGAAUUUAAGGAGAGCCGAGGAAAGAAAAAAGCUGAUAGCACAAAUGAUGGCAGAAGAUGAUUAA